GGGGCUAUGCUAACGAAGGUCUUGGGGGCGGGGCUAUACUGAUGACGGCUCUCGGGGCGGGGGCGGGGCUAUGCCGAUGAAGGCGCUGGGGGCGGGGCUCCGGGUCCCGUGGCUCAGCUCCGCCAUGGCUCUCUCGCUCCGCGCGCUGCUGCGCCCGGCCCCGGCCCGCCUGCUGCUGCUGCGAGCCCCGGCUCGGCUCUGCUCGGCGGGCACUCAGUUUCAGUACCUCAUGGUGGAGAAGAAGGGGGCGAAGCAGAAUGUAGGAGUGAUCCAGCUGAACCGCCCCAAGGCCUUGAAUGCCCUCUGCGAUGGCCUGAUGAAUGAGAUGAACCAGGCCCUGGACUCCUUCGAGAAGGACCCACAUGUGGGAGCCAUCGUCAUCACCGGCAGCGAGAAAGCCUUCGCAGCUGGAGCAGAUAUAAAGGAGAUGCAGAACAGAACCUUCCAGGAAUGUUACGGGGGCAAUUUCCUUGCACACUGGAACAGAGUCUCUCUGGUCCGGAAGCCGGUCAUAGCAGCUGUGAAUGGAUAUGCUCUGGGCGGUGGUUGUGAGCUGGCCAUGAUGUGCGAUAUCAUCUUUGCUGGCGAGAAGGCACAGUUUGGGCAACCUGAAAUCUUGCUGGGAACCAUUCCAGGAGCUGGCGGGACUCAGAGACUCACGAGAGCAGUGGGCAAGUCCCUGGCGAUGGAAAUGGUCCUCACCGGAGACAGGAUCUCUGCUCAGGAAGCCAAAGAAGCAGGCCUGGUCAGCAAAAUCUACCCCGUGGAGAAGCUGCUGGAAGAAGCCAUCAGCUGUGGGGAGAAGAUUGCAGGGAAUUCUAAGUUCGUAACAGCAAUGGCCAAGGAAGCUGUCAAUGCAGCCUUCGAGAUGACGCUGACUGAGGGGAAUAAAAUGGAGAAGAGGCUCUUCCAUGCCACCUUUGCUACGGAUGACCGGAAGGAAGGGAUGGCAGCCUUCGUGGAGAAGAGAAAGGCAAACUUCACAGACCACUGAAUGCCAGCGUGCCUCGUCCUCUCGAAGCUGCUGAGCUGGAGCCUCUGCCUUGAUCCCCUUGCAGGGUGGGAAUAACAAAUAACCAUCGCAGCAGGUUGCACCUGGCAGUAACCAGUACGGGUGCCAAAUCCUGUGCCAUUGCCCUGGGAGGAAAGGCCCUUUGAUUCACAAACGCUACAUUACAUGGGGUGUUGGGGAAGGAGCUGCCGUAGGCUAGCCUAACGGUUGGGCCCUUCUGUGUAAUCAGGUGACGGAGAAUAGGGAACACGUCUGAUCUGAAUCUCAAAUGACCCAAUGCUUUUGUUCAUGAUAAGAAAAUCGGAAAUGGA